ACUUCUUCUUAAACAUGCUGACUCACAUUCAAGAAACGUUUCAUCAAUAGGGGUCAAGAAUUUAAACCAAUCGUGCAUAAAUUUUAGUUCAUAUUUUCAAUUUCUAGAAGAAUAUUGAUUAGCGAUGAGUUCAUCUACCACCAUGAUUGGUUAUCAAUGAACUACUGGUCUUAUCAAAAUUGAUCUUCUCAAUGGUCACUUUAAAACAUCGAAUCAGAACGAAACAACAAGACACUGAAAAAGUCUAUAUUAACCUGGGAAGUUCUUUUAAAAUUUGAUUUACCACUUUGAAAAGGAAGAUGAAAUGCACAUUUUCAUUUAAUCUGUCAAUAACAAUUUACUUGAUCUUCGUGUUGCUUAACAAAUUCUUCGAAUGUCAAAAUAUUAGUGAAGAAAUAGUUCCACUGGAAGAAGAGUUCGUAAUUCAUCAAAAUGGUUCACAUCGAUAUUCUUUUCGAUUUGGUUAUUUACAGAAAAUUAGUCUUAAUCACUCACAUCCGGUUGUGAAUGGCAGUUUCAACAAAUUCACUGGUACUCAAAGUUUCACACCGGAAUUCCCGUUCAACUAUUUUGAUACUGAAGUCAAAAGAUUUGAUUUUUACUCUACUGGUAUAAUAAGUGUAUUCAAAGAAAUAUACUUCGGAUUGAUUAUGGGUCACCGUUCAUUGGAUUACAAUGCUGAAUAUGAGGUUUUGAAUAGCAAGGAAUUACUUGCUGCUAAGUGGUCUGUCAAAAGUGAAGAAAAGGAUGGUACACAGGUUACGUCCAAUGUAACUUGUCUGAUAUAUCCAGACGGGAAGAUAUCUUUUCAUUAUGACAAUAUUCCUACAAAAAUUGAUAAAAGUCAUUGGAAAGCGAAACUCGCCCAUGUGGACAAGCGUAAAGGAGAUUAUGAAUUUGUUGUUCCUGAUGAAUGGAUAAAAAGUGGCAUGUCGGUGGAGUUUGAAUACAUCGGGACCUAUUGUCCAAAAUACAAUUCGAGUGAGGCAUGCAACAACGCGUCAACAUUGACUACAACCUGUAUUUGGUGUGAAAGAACAAACACGUGCAUGGUUAUUACUGAUAAGGAUGCUCAGAGCUUGAAAGUGAAUGAUAGUCACGUUGAGGUUAGUACUUUCAAACCGGUCGAGAACCUCAUGGAAACUACUGAACGGACUGAUCAAUAUUCGGACAGUAAACAGAACGAAACACUUCAGUGCUUAUAUGUCUUGAUAACUUUGAUCAUCACCUCCUUUGUUUUAUGCAUCGGUUGUAUUUUGGGGAGAUGGUUGUAUAAAAGAAGAAAAUCAAUGAAUGGUUCUCAGUAACGACUUGAAAUGAGUCUCAGAAACGCUUAAUAACCCUUUUUUAUUAUUCUGAACGACUGUUUAUUUUCCUUAUUUCAAUAGAAAAUCUAUUAUUUAAUUAUUCAUUUUAAUGUGUUUGACAAUUUCAUUAUGUGACUAUGUAUAUCCCUAUUUUUGCUUACGUGCUAAGUGAUGUUAUCUUGUUGACAAAAUAUCAAGCAUGGUAUGUAAUGUUUGCCUGCUGGUUUUCAUAAAAUAUAAACCGCGAAUUUUCACCGGAGUUUCAC